AUGACAACAAGGACAACGACAAGUACAACGACGACAAAGACGAUGACAAUGACAACAAGAACAACGACAAAACAACGACAACGACACAAUCACGACGACAACAAGGACAAUGACAACGACAACGUUAAUCAGAAUGAUGACCAUGACAACGACAACAUCAACAAGGACAACGACAAGUACAACGACGACAAAGACGAUGACAAUGACAACAAGAACAACGACAAGUACAACGACAACAAAGACAAUGUCAAUGACAACAAGAACAACGACAAGUACGACAACAAGAACAAUGAGAACAACAACGACAACAACAAGGACAACAACAACGACACGAAGCCAGAAGAGGAGAGAUUCGCGCAAUAG